CGGCGCGCGCUCCCGCGCUGGAGAAAUGCCACGCGUUUCCGAGAAGGCGGCCUGAGGACCGAGCCCAAGAGCCUCCAGGCCCCCACGCGCCGCCCAGCCCGUCUCUGCGGGCGCCCACGGGAGGGGCCGCCCCCGCGCGCAACCCCGGAUGCGCGGAACCGGGUGCGGAAGGGCGACGGCGGAGCCGGGCUGCAGGCGGCGGGGCUGCCGGCAAGCGUCCCAGACUCAGCGGCUACACACCGCCAAGAUGUGAAAGGAAGGAAGGACUCUCCAAAUACCAAGGAUGCUCUGGGGCCGCAACGCCUGUGCCGUCAGACCACUUACCUUGUGUCUCCUGGGUUAUAUCAGCCUCAUGUUUGGUAUUUCACAACCCUCGCUCGAACUCUCAGAUGACGCUUGUGAUUUUAACAUGGUGUUAAGAAAUUUUCGGCCAAUCAUAUCAUGGAAAUUAAAAGAUCCUUCCGUUGCACCAACCCGCUAUACAUUGUGGCACACAAACCUGAGUGACAGAAGAGAAAUGGAGAUCAUUGAGCACUGCACCAACAUCACGAGCCCGUCCUGCGAUGUCUCGCACCUGUGGACGGAUGUGUCCGAGAUAUACGAACUGCAGCUGGUCGGGUCCCGGGGCAAUGCCACGCUGGUCCGUUGUUUCGGCAGCAUCUUCCCAGAGUUGGACAUGUACCUGGAGCCACCGGAGUUUGAGGUGGCUGGUUUUAUGGACCACAUUGAUGUGACCCUGGCGUUCCCCCCGGCCCUGCCCGAGGGGCAAGGACUGUGGCAGCACUUCCCAGUCGUCAUUGAGGAGCGGUUAGAGGGGAUUGUGAAGAAGCAUAAACUGAAGAUAAAUGAAGACACCAAAGGGAAUUUCACUUACAUCCUCGACAGGUUAAUUCCAAACACGACCUACUGUGUGUCUGUUUACUUCAGCCCCAGGAACAUGCACAAUGUAAUCAGGUCCCCCCUGAAGUGCACCCACCUUCAGCCUGCGCGGCGAUCAGCAGGGUCGCCGGAACCAGCCGGCAUGGGAGCCCUGAUCGCCGUGGUCAUGAUAGUGGUGGUGUUCGUGGGCGCCCUGGCGAUGCUGAGACGGGUCGGCUACAUCUGCUUACGGAGCGUACCCCCCAAAGUGCUGAAGUUCCAAAACCUGUCGACCUGGGCGUUCCCUGAGCUGCCGCCCUUGGAAGCCAUGGCUGUGUUGGAAGUCAUCAACAUCAACAGAAAGAAGAAAGUGUGGGAUUACAACUAUGACGAUGAGAGUGACGGUGAUGAGACCGUGGUCCAAGCCAGCGCAGGGGGUUACACCAUGCAUAGGCUGGCCGUCAGGCCCGUGUGUCCGGUGUCCGGCUCCUCGGCCCCCCUGGAGGACUACAGCAGCCCCGAUGUCCAGGAGGACGAGUUGUCCGAACCCGAGACCCUGUCGCUGAUGGCGCCGCCGGAGCCCAGGCCCUGGUGCUCCCAGUGUGCCGGCGGGGCCUCCAAGGGGCAGAGGACUCCACCCGCAGGCCCCGAGUUCGAGGAGGACAGCGUCUCUGUCGAGAGCUCUGCAGACAGGAAUUUCUUCAACGUGGACUUGAACUCUGUGUUUGUGAGGGUCCUGGAGGACAGUGACACAGAGGUCCCCCGAGUGCCCUCUCCUGCAGAAGAGACAGUCGACCCAGAGGACCCCAACGAAACGGGGACAAGCCUUCCAGUGGCCAGUGCACAAGGCUCCCAGCUGCCCGUCCCCAGCCACCCUGGGGAGGGCCAGUGGCUUGAAGAUGCUCCUUCUGAUGGAAGUGACACUUCUGAGUCGGAUGUUGACGUUAACGCUGAUGUCAACAUCGGGGAUGGUUAUUUAAUGAGAUGAAUCCCCAAACACUGAAUUAACUGAUGUCUACCUGUACCCUGGUGCCCUCGCUGCUCCUGUGGUCAGCAGGUGUUCUCUGGGACAGAGCGCCCCCCUCUUCCUCGUGACAUCACUCGUGCCAUUCCUGGGGUGGGGGAAGGGGCGGCGGAAACCAUGUGUUGUGGUAUGCACUUUUUACCUGUUCAAGGUGACAGGUUUCGAAGGGAAAAUGCUCUGUCCAGUGUUCAUGCUUCUGCCUCUGUCUCCCAAAGGAAUAAGGUUCUUGGGCUUUUCUGGGGCGGCCCAGGGUGGCUGUGGGGAGAGAAAAGGAAGACAGAGGGUCCACAGUGGGAGCAAGCUGGGCAGUGUCUACCACAUGUUCAAACAAGAGGUGGGAGGGCAUAUGCCCGGGUGAAGUGAGGCAGGUCCGGUCAGUGUAACAGUGGGAAACUGUGACAGGGGACUGUGACCCACCCUGCCAUUCUGACGUUGUUCCCGUAGGUGCUGACUCUGCCGAGUAUGUGGCUUGUAGAUGAGCAGUGUGUUUGUAGAAAAGUCUGUGGAACUGACUUCAAAGACCUUCGGGCAUCCCAGC